UUGUCGAUCGCGGUGGGUUUUCUGGUGAUGCAGCUCUCCAGCAGCCGGAGCGUGCCCUUGCUGGACGGCCCGUUGUCUUCCGCCUGUGCUCAGGUCCUGUUUCACCCACAGUAAAUAAGACGUGUGUAUUAAACCGGGGCUUCGUGGACACGCAGCAGGUCAGCUGGGGCCGAGGCUGUUUAUCUGUGCGAGGCGAGCCGCUUCAGGAUCAGAUAACGAGGUUGUGUCUCCACACGCUGCACUAUGCCGGGCCUCCUGCUGCGAGGAGGCUGCAGUCCUCUGCUCCGCCUGUGGGCGCUGCUGCUGCUGCUGCCUCUGGUCUCCCUCCACCGCCUGAACCAGCGGGGGAGCAGGGGCCUCGGUGAGAGCAACCGGUCCAAGCUGCUGCUCGUGUCCUUUGACGGCUUCCGCUGGGACUACAUCGACCGGGUCCCGACGCCCAACUUCCACAGCAUCAUUAACCAGGGCGUGACGGUGGAGAGGGUGGAGAACACCUACAUCACCAAGACCUUCCCCAACCACUACAGCCUGGUGACGGGUCUGUACACGGAGACGCACGGCAUCGUGGCCAACGAGAUGUUCGACCCCGUCCUCAACCGCUCCUUCUCCAUGGAGACGGACAGUAUUUAUGAGUCGCGGUGGUGGGAGGAGGCGGUGCCCCUCUGGGUCACCAUCCAGAAAGCCGGAGGGCGGAGUGGGGCUGCGAUGUGGCCUGGGUCGGAUGUGAAGAUCCACGGCAUGUUCCCCUCCCAGUUCCUCCACUACAACGCCUCAGUCACCUUUGAAGCCAGAGUGGAGCGGCUCAUAGAGUGGUUCUCUGCGCCUGAAGAGGACGCGGUGGAUUUUGGCGUCCUGUACUGGGAGGAGCCAGACGAGAGUGGGCACCUCUACGGGCCUCAGAGCCCCAAAAUGGACGGAGUCAUCGCCGGAAUCGACGAGAAACUCGGCUUCCUCAUCAACGAGCUGAAGAAGGCCGGGCUGUUUGAGAAAGUGAACCUAAUAGUGACCAGUGAUCACGGGAUGACGCAGCUUUUCACCGAUAACAUCAUAGAACUGGAUCAGUACAUUCACAGAGACCUGUACACCUGGGUGGAUAAGAGUCCGGUGGUGGGGAUACUGCCCAACGAAGGGAAACUGGACGAGGUGUUUAACAAGCUGGUGGGUGCCAACCCAAACAUGGCGGUCUACAAGAAGGAAGAGAUUCCCCAGCGCCUCCAUUACCAGCACAACAGGAGGAUCAUGCCCAUCAUCCUGGAGGCCAAAGAGGGCUGGACCAUCAUGCAGAACCGGACCGGGCCCUUCAUGUUGGGUAACCAUGGCUACGACAACACCCUCCGCAGCAUGCAGCCUGUGUUCGUGGCUCGCGGUCCAGCCUUUCGCCAGAAUUACCUGAAAACCUCCAUGCGCUCCGUCGACCUCUACCCUCUCAUGUGCCACAUCCUCUCCGUGCGCCCCCUGCCGAACAACGGCUCCCUCUCGAACGUUCAGGACCUGCUGUACCCUGAGGCUCCCCCCACGCCCAGCGCCCCCCCCAGGGUCGACGAGUACUCCUACGCCCCCGUGGUGGGCUCGUUCAUCAGCGUGGUGAUGGUGCUGGGCUUUCUCAUGUUCUACAUCCGACAACUGACGCUCAAGCAGCUGCCCUCGCUGAAGCACAGACGCCGGGAGAUGUCGCAGCCCUUGCUGCAAGAGGACUUGCACCUGUAGACGACCAGACAGAAAGGGAUAGCAGACGUAAAAAGAAGAUGAGGUGUCGCUCCCCAAGGUAGUCUGCUCUGCCCAGAAGCAUCCCCUGAACACCUACUCUGCUCGAGUUAGUCGCCAUUGUGCUGCUCCUUUAUUAGAUGGAGAGCAAGAGAACUGAAUGUGACCUCGCAAUCAUGUCGAGAGCUUUGUCCAAAGUGUGAGGGAGGAUGUGAAGGGUUUGCUUCUGGUGUAGGAUCAAAAAUAAUAAACCUUUACAUGGGCUUUCUAGUGGCUUUGCUUUGAUUGUGAAUUUUACCUAGUAUCAUCUCAUUGUUUUCAUUGUCGCGUACCAAGUAAAUAAUUUAAUUAAAAGCUGAGAUUUUAACCUUUGAUUCUGGCAAGUAGGAAGCUUUGGUGGCCAAAACUUUGACUUGGAUGGGAUUACAGUGUCGGUACGGCAGGGUGAAAAGCUCGCCAUCACAGAAAGGGAUGGAAGCAAUAAUAUGACUGCGCACACUUUUAGACAAUCUGUCCUUGACGGCUUUCAUAUAGUUGAACUCGUGUGCUGCAGGAAAUGCGUGAAAUAACGUCAAAUGUAGCUCGAGAGGGAAGUUGAAAAUCCUGCCUAACUUUUGCGCCAUGUACAACUUUCAGACAUGAAGGGAUGUUUUCGAGAGUUUUUCUUUCAAAAGAAGAAAGGAAGCUAUAGAUUUUUUUAGGUCAGACACAACAGGAGAUUUUCUGGAACAGUCAGACGAGGAGUGGUGUGUGGGGAGAAUACUCAAAUGGCAGGACAUGACGUGUAAAAGUCCACUGUGGAAAUCACUGUUUUUGUUUCCAGCACAUCGACCCCGGGGAAGAUCCUUCUCGCCAAAAGCUCUGGCAUCUUGUCGUCUUUCCGUGUUGACAUCUCUGUCGUCGUGUUCUAGGUGCUUGACACAUCUUUUUGAUCCUGAGGUAUUGUAUUCUUCGCGUCGCUUGUUUGAAACCACUUUCUCGUGGGGAUUUUUCCAACAAAGUUCGUGCUGUAUUCUCACAUGGGCUCACUCCAUGGCUCAGACAUUUUACGAGGGGGCUGGCACGAAAGAGUCCCAGAAAAGGUCCUGAACGACUGACUGACAUUUCUCACCUACAGCCCAUCUGGAAAAUCUCAAGAAAAUGUUCGGACUUCAGUGCGUGUCUGAAGACAGUUUAUCAUUUUAUCUUUUGAAGCCUACUGACACCUUAACUUCAGGUAGUAACAGUGAAAUGGCUGGCAGUUGGUAUGGUUUACACCAAACGAAAAGCUAACUUUCGCGUUGUACUACUCACGCAAGUUUGGUUGCGGGAUUAUUUGUAUUAACGCAAGGUAACAACCCAGGAAUAUUCGCACAUUCUCCUCUACAAAAGAGAGGAGGACUACUGGCCGCGCUUCCUGAGGCUGACCAGUGGCUGGUUUGGUCACCUGCUCCCCCCUUGCACAAUUCACAUCGCAAAUUUGAUGCCAUUCAUGUCUUUGCGUUGACUUAUGCAGUCACAUUGGGGGGAAAUUUUGCUUCCUGUUUGUUUGAACACAGGAAGGGAGAAUCCAAGGCCUUGUCAAAGUUUUUUCCACCAAUUCCUCCGCUUGUGCUGAAUUAGAAGCUACUGUGUGAUUAUAAAUGCUGUGAUUUAGCCGAAGUAUUAAAAACUCAACUCGUCUCAGGCUGGGCUCAGUGUUCCUUUUGAAUGUUAACUGGACGCACGUGUUCCAGUGAAGGCUCGACCAAUGUGCCAGGCUACUGCUCACACGCGUAGGUCAUUCCACGAGCCGACCACGUCACGACCUUGCUCUUUUAGUAGUCAGCUACCAUUUGCCUUUCAACUUAAGUGGAGAACAUCCUUCUUUCGGUGUGCAAUCAUUUGUGUGUAAGUUGGUCUUAUUUCUAUGUGUGUAGCGUUUUUGUUGGGAAGAUAUUUUUCUGUAUAGACAAGUGUGUACUCCGCUCAUCCUCACGUGUCGACUGUCAUAUAACCACGGCCAUUUGUUGGUGAAAUGUGAAGUGCAAUUGCUAUUGGUCAGUAUUUUGUCGUUGGGAUAUUAAGGGUUUCGGUGUUGCUGGGUUGAGAAGACUUCUUUUGGCCCCUGAUUUGCACUACAGUACCGAACUGAAACACAGCGAAGGGGCAGCGGUCGGAUGCUUUUUUUUUUAGGUCAUGUAAACUUUGCACUCCUUGUUCGUAGUUGCUAUUUGAAACAAUAGAAAACAUUAGGAGCCUCUUGCCAAAAAGCUUUGAUCAGUGUAAGCAUUAAAAGUUGAGUAGAAUCCAAAUCUGUCAGUAAAUUCCUUUUUUUUCCAGCCUAUUUUAAGAAAGAAUUUGUUAAAUUUUCUUCUCAUGCUUUUAGAUGCAUUGAUUAAUAACUGUGCCCAAAAGAUGACAGACAUCACUGUGAGAAAUUACUUUUUACUAAAUUUAAAUAAAUUGAAAGCAUUUAUAUGGAAAAUAUAAAUUUUCUGAUGAUUAUUUAUGAAAGAAGUGUUUCUGAUGGUUUUUCCCCUACAGAGAAAUGAAAUAUAUCCCUACUAUAUUUAAAAGAUUUGUUUGAAAUGGUUAGAUUCAAUAUUAGAUCAAGUUAAUAUAUGUUUUAUUAUUACCUUGGAUUUGAAAUAUGGACAUUUAAUAUGAUUUACAAAUUAACUAUCUUUGCCAUGUUAAUGCAAUUAAACAGUCUUCUGAAAAUAAAGGGACUAAUGAGAAACUGAA